GGUACGACAGCUCUCCACAAAUGAAGAGUUUUUGAAGCCUUUCUGCUCUGGACCUGCUGCACUAUCUUGGUAAUUACAUUACAGCUGUGAGCCUGGGGUGGAGAGAGCAUCAGAAAAAGUAAGAGCGAGGGAGAAAUAAAAGGAAAAGACCAGGGCAGUGACAGAGUGGAGAGGCGAGAGAAGCAGAGGCAUCUGCUAUUCAGACAACGUCGGAGAAGAAUUUCCUGCUGAGACUUGAAGCAUCAUCAUCAUUUCAACUUGGGGUUUUCUGUCUGCUCAUCAUGGCCCCUCCCUCUCCGUUGAUGUUGCUGAUGGCAGUUGCCAUGGUAACUGGGGCCCGUGCAGUCAAUGAGGAGAAUGAACUGGAUUAUGGGUACUGGAACUACAGAGAGGGAGCUGACAGUGUGAAUGUGGCCUCAGUGCGCAGUGUGACCAGAGUUUUGGAUGCCUGGGGAAAACGCAUCUUCAAUGAAAUCAAGACUUUGCUGCACUCACAGCCCAACACACUGCUGCCUGACUAUUCCAGGGUGCGCCCUCUGUCCGAGUCCGUCAACGACCUGUUCAGAGAAGUCUCCCUGCUGCACCGGCGCAUCACCGAGCUCUCUCAUCGCCUAGCAACGCUGGAACCAUUCCUCCGUCACCAUGGCUACCGGGAGGUGGGGGAGGAAGCGGAGGGGAGCCGCCGGGCUCUGGCACCUCAGAACAUGAGAGGAGAGGUGGCGAGCCUGGCCCGCUACAACCCAAGGACUGCAGUGAGGGCCAGUCCGCCGAGGGGAAGCCGGGUGGUGAGGAGGAGACGGGUGAGAGUCCUGAAGAGUGGGGGAGAGAAGCUGGUUCAGAGUGAGAGAUAAAGAAAUGGACAAAAAAAAAAAAUACUCAUAUUAUAGGCUAUAAUGUGCGAUACCAAUCUGAACUGUAUAGAUUUCAUUUUUGUGAAAUAA